UUUCGGCACUCCCAAUUGAGUAGUUAAUCACAAAUAUGCCAGACGGCUUAAACAAAAUAUUCUUUCUUCUGCUGAUAACUCAACAAUCCGCUAUAUGUAACGGAAAGAAGAACUUUGCCUUCAGCGUGGUCUAUAUGAACGCAUCCUCCAAUCCCGAUAAAAUGAGUGAUUUUAAGUAUAAUUACCACAAUGAAAACCCUAAGGCAAAGUUAUUUUAUGAGUUCAAAUUUAAAGAAACUAUUACACAUUUAACAGUGCAUUCAAAAAUUGAUAUGUUGCAUGCUGAUAAUAGGAAAUUCAAUCUUUUGGAUGUUACUCUGGAUGCUUGCCAAUUUUAUGGAUUAUUCAAGUCGAAAAAUCGUGUACUGCAAAUUUGUUCGCGAGAACUAAAGCGAGUAACAAACUACAGGGACUGCCCAAUCUUGCCGAACAAGACGAUAUGCAUUAAAAAUUACACCAUUGAUCCAGAUUCGUUUCCAUCCUUUACGCCUUUUUUAGAAACGGAAUCCAGUUUAAAAUUUUCACGCCUAUUCUAG